GUAACUAAGAAAUCGAGUGGCAAGAUCAAACGGAAGAAGGGGUUGUCUUCUUCUCCAUGUCGACAAAGGGCAAAAGGUUUCUAUCAGUGCCUGUGUUGGCAGUGUUUUCGUUAAUGUGUUUUGUGUAUUACAGUUCAAUCUUCGUCUUCCUCCAUGAUUGGCUCAAUUUGCAGAGUUCCCCGGGCACUUUGAAUGCCUAUCUCUUCUCUCUUUUUGCCUUUCUCUCCCUCUUCUCCUUCUUUUCCUGCGUUCUCACUGACCCCGGUCACGUGCCUUCUUCCUAUGCCCCAGAUGUUGAAUUCUCCAAAGAUAAUGAAGCACCGAAGAAAUGUGACAAAUGCUUUGUGUACAAACCUCCGAGGACACAUCAUUGUCGAGUUUGCAGAAGAUGUAUUCUGAAAAUGGAUCAUCACUGCUUGUGGAUAAAUAAUUGUGUUGGUUAUUGGAAUUAUAAGGCUUUCUUUGUUUUUGUAUUAUAUGCCACGAUGUCAAGUAUUUAUGCUACGGUCAUAUUUAUAAGCUGUGUAUUUCAGAAGGACUGGGACCCCAUUAAAGGGAGUUCUCUUAAGAUCUUUUAUGUCUUCUAUGGAACGAUGGUGGUGGGCCUGACCAUAACCCUUUUGACUCUUUUUGGAUGGCAUGUCUACCUUGUCCUUCAUAAUAUGACAACCAUAGAGUAUCAUGAAGGCAAUCGUGCAAAAUGGCUGGCUAUGAAGUCUGGGCAGAGCUACCGGCAUCCAUUCAACAUUGGUGCAUACAGAAACAUUACUUCGAUUCUAGGUCCAAACAUGCUGAAAUGGUUGUGUCCGACGGCGGUAAGCCAUCUAAAGGAAGGGGUUAGCUUCCCGACAUUACGUGAUAAUUCUUAGGCCUAUCUGGUGAGGUCAAGUCCUGAAUUAAUAGCAGGUGAUACCUAUGGAUCUUGAAGUGAGGAAUUAGUCCUGAAUUAAGAGCUCAUUGAUCUGAAUUAGAUACUCAGGACAAAGAUUUUAAAUAGAAAAGGAAAUUAGUCCUUUUGGCAAGGUUUGAAACAUUAAGGUUAUGCAAUGUGCUGAUAGAUAUCUUCACCAAAAUUGUUUUCCAAUGUCACUCUUUCACCAGCUAGGCUCCAUCAACGAUUGUUGAAAAUGGAAACUUUAUUAGAGGUUGUAAAUCAGGAGGUAGCACAUUUUUUCUUUGAUUUUAUUCCUCACAACAGAGUUGAGUCUUGGCAUAUUUAGAAUAGUUGCAGGCAUCUCAUAAUCAUAAAGGUUUUCUGAUAUUGUUGAUGGAGAUUUUCAAGAUUUUUUUGAUUUGUAGGUUUAGACAUAGUAGUUGAGGUAUCUUUUCUGUUCAUGUUAUUGAGAAAUGACCUUCAAUUUUAUAUUUCCUGUAUUAAUGACAUUCAGUUUGUAUGA